AUGGACGCCCUUCCUGGCGCUGUAAUACAAGCCUUUGCGCACCUGUGGGGCCAGCAUCCUGAAGUAGCAGCCGGUAUCUACGCUGCAGGUGCUGUCGUUGCUGCUGUGCCGCAUUACAUACCAAAUUUUGAGCAGGCCAAGGUUUGGUAUCAGAAACCCAUUCCUUCUACGAUUCGCGUUACAAAACCCGCCCAUACCACCGAAGACGCAGCCGACAUCGUGGAAUCGAUAGUUACCAAAGUUCGCCGUCCUACCGUUAUCACCGUCACAAAUUCUGUCUCACCCGCUUGCAACACAGCCCUCACUGUCGAACAGCAAGCCAAGGGUGAAGUUUUGGACACUUCCUCGUCUUCCGAAUCAAUCCAGGACACCUCUGAAUUUGCCACAGAAAGCUCUGCUCGUUCGACAGCGAGCAGCUCCUCGCAAAUCUCCUGGAAACCUAGUACUCCGAGAGAUACAUUUCCGGAGGUAUCUAGCAAGAGUCCAGAGCGUUCACUAGCAAAGACUACGAGUACUUCUACUGAGAAGAGCAAUCCUGUUCAUGAGGUACCGUCAGUAUUGGUCACAAAUUCUUCCAAUGUUACAAACACAGGCUUUAAAGCCCGGAUGAGUAGGCUUCUACACGGCUCGCAAUCCUCCGCGGCAUCGAAAGAAUCGACCAUCAGCGAUACACCCAGAGACGUCACAUCGACCGGGUCCCCCACCGUUGGCAAGGUGCCUUCCUGGACCACGUCUCCAGUUGUGGUUGAACAAUUACCGGUUACCUCACAGUCGUUCAAUGAGAUCAUAGACUAUUCGUUUGAAACCAUUACCAUUCCGCAGAGAACGAAGACAGUUUCCAGUGCUCCCCUAUCUAGCACUGCAAGCAUUGACACUGGUCUCAAAGAACAUAAGUCAGUCUUUACACAUUAUAGGCAACAUGCGGCUAGCAAAAGCACCCGGAGCACUAUCUCUAAGACAACAAAGCAUAAGCCAGCCUUUACACAUUACAGACAAAAGGCGGCUAGGAAAUCAUUCCAAGACUCGUCGUCAUGUAAGACACUUCCCAGUGCACCUGUGUCCAGCACCAAGGACAGCGCCGUUACGCCGAGAGAACGCAAGCCAGCCUUUACACCUUAUAGACAAAAGCCGGCUAGCAAACCACUUCGAGAUUCGCCGUCAUUCGCCAAAUCCCAACUCUCACGCUGGACUGACUUUGGACGAGCGAUUCAUGAGAAUUACGUCGCACAGCAAGCAGAUCAAAAGCCGACCAAGCCGUCCUACUACAAUAGCCCUAUCACUGUGGCGGAUAUCAUGGUGGGAUAUGUGCCAUCCAUUCUGUUCGCCGUAUGCGACCAUCUGUAUAAGGAUGACCCGGACAUUCAGGAAAUGGUGGCAUUUAUGGUGCGCAAUGCGUAUAUGUUUGUCGUUGGAUAUCUCGCCUACGCGGAAUUCCGCUUGCCAACAUUGCCAUACUCCAAACCUGUAGCAUACGCACGCAGCAUCGGAUCCGUAUCCUACAACGUGUGGCAGAAAGCAGUAGCUAACUUCCUGGGAAAGCAGCAAGCCGAUCACUUCAUCAUAGACCGGGCGUUGUACGCCACCCUCAUCGGUAUCGCGAUUUAUUUCCUCCUUUUCGCCGGACGAAGGACCCCCGAAGUUGUUCACCGCGAAGAAGAUGACAGCGAGUUAAGCGGGGAUGAAGACAUGUCUGAGACCCAGGAUCUGUCAUCCAGCGUGCCUGCUGUCAUGCCGCACCAGAAAGAGACAUUAAUUCGUUGUUGCAUCGGCUUCACUGUUGCGAUGACUGUCAUCUGGCUUAGUGUCUACGUCCAGGACUUGGCUGUUAUCUUGGCCAGUGUGCCAGCGGUACAUGUCCUUUCCAUCUAUGAUGAAGAGGCGCGCAACACCAUCUUCACCAUAUUGGACCUUGUGGUUUGCGGCUCAUACCGAUCCAUCAUCGCCGCGCGAACCUGGAUACGAUACUACGCUGCGGUUGCAGUAGUAGUAUACGUCCUCAUCCAUAUAGACCAGCCAUCGUUUUGCGCUGAUAGACUUAUCAGAGGCGGCGUUGCCCCACCCUUCAGUCAUUUUGCUGUCGUGCUCAAGCUUGUGGGCCUCUCCUAUAUCGACUCCCUCGUGCACGGCAUCGUCGAAGUCUCUCAGAUCUGCAUAGCGAAACUUCGGGUUGUAAAAGCUUGGGCUCAGUACAAGUUCAUGCUCAUCGUCAGAGGUCGCGCUGUUUUCCCGUGGUACCCACAGACUGUCGGCGGGCUUCUUCUUUGGGUGCUCGCGACAAUCUCGCUCGGCCCCCGGACAGUAUAUGGGUUGCUACCAGUAUGGGCUGGCCCAGUCGUGAUGAUGUUCGCGCUCUGGGCAUUGACUUAUGCAUUCAUACCAUUGUUCCAGUCUCUUUUCACGGCGAUCUGGCAGACCAUACAGCCUUGGACUGAGAGGACGUCGGCUGCUCACACAGUUAAGGAGUUUACUGCUAGCAGUGCGUCUAUCCCAGCCCCAGUUAAGGGGUCGACUUCAUGGACUGCUGUAACCACGACAGCUUUACGGAAUUGGGUCACGCCUUCUCCCAAACUCACUCCAACUUCGCGGGAACGCACAACGAGCUCUUAUGUGUACACUGCUACCUCGACGGAGAGGGCUACGAGCUCUCGUAUACCCACUACCCUCUCGCCGGCAUGGGCUACCAAGUCCAUUAGGGAUGCUACCUCCAGUCUCAUCACAAACACCCAGAAAACGACUUCUUCAGCAAUCGAAAAGCUCUCGAAGAACCUGAGCUUGUUGUACAGGGCACAAAUCAAGUCGGUCGUAUCUUCCGUGGGUACACGCUGCCUCAGCAACUGGUGCCAAGGCCUAGCUUACCAUUGGGUAUGGCGUGCGACAAUCAUCAUCGCAGUCACCAGUGUAUGUACCGUAGGCUGGAUCAUGGCCGCUCAAGUAUAUCCCGCACAUAAGCUCCGGUCGUCGUUUACAUUCGCAGCCAGUUUCAUGAUAAUGUAUGUUCUAGGCACGAACGGGGUCCUUGCUUGCACUCAAGACUACGGCAUUAUCUUUGCGACUGUUCUUCUCAUACUUCUACUUCUAGCCCACUGGCGGCCGGAUCCGAUCGUGGUCCGAGAUUCCCCCAAUGAACCGCUCCCUGACCUGCCGGAUGAAGCUGUGGCUCCUGGCUCUGCGCCACCAAGCCCUCCCGCAGCACAAAUUCCCGCCCCUACCAGUGGCGUCGCCGAUCCAGAGCAAGUAGACCCACUAAGUGGAGAACAUGAUACUCUCAAUCAGCCUUCAGACGCGCAGCCGCCGCAGGCACCUCUACCACCCAGCAACAGUCAAGCAGUUGAUCUAUUGGAUGAGGACUUGUCAGGGCUUCCAGAUGAGGUAGAUGCGUUGCGCACUCAACAACAGGCUUCGCCUGUACAGACUCCCGUGGGAACGCCAACACGGGAGCAAUCGACGGAGACUCCGGAUCAGGCUCAGGCUCAUACUGAGACGCCCACCGCAGAUGCAUGGACACAGACAACCGCAUCUCUUCCUUGGCCACAGCGCUGGAUGACUUGGCUUUUCGACAGUGAAGCGGCGCACACGGCAAGAGAGAAGGCUAUUGAGGCAGCUAGGGCUGCUGCUGAGCAGGAGCACAAGGACUUCCUAGAGCAAUCUGGCCUGGGGAGCGGUGCAGCACACGAGGAGCCACAAUCGCCAAACGAUGCCAGCGAAAGUCCAGCUGCUGAUUCUUCGAUGAAAUUUCAGCCUACAGAGACUGGGCAACAGCACCGGGCUACUGUUGAAGCUGAGAAACCUGAGGAAACAGUCCCAGCUAGCCCGCCAAAGACGACAACUGAAGCCACUCCAAGCCCUACGGCUCAGGUACCAGCGAUACCGGUAGUUGCUGGUAGAUCAGCAUCUGUGCGUACCCUCACGCCAGCUGCCGAGUUCAAACGUACUCCUCUGUUCGAGCCUACUCCUCAGACAACGACCACUCCCACGACCACAGCUGCUUCCCCUACCCCGUCAGCCACGACCACCCCCCCAACUGUCGCCGUUCCUGGGAUACCAGCUAUUUCUUCCAAUUCUUUGUUCGUACCUACUCCCGUCAUUACGCCCACUGAUGUACCGAAGUCUGCCACAGACACUACUGAGCCGGAGUCAUCACUUGACAUCUCGUUUGAUCUUCCCACCAUCGUAGUCAACGCACCAGAAACUGAGACGCAAGGAGGAUACACGCCCAUGACAUUUGUUCCAAUUGAGAUGACAGAACUCGCUACACCCGCCAAGCAGACGCCUCUCAAGGACCCUGCUUCGGAGCCUGUCAGUGCACCAGAUCACCAAGCUCCAGCCGCUGGUUCAGCGCAAGAUCAAGGAGAGGACGAGGGGCAAGACGAUGAGCAUGAUGGUGUACAAGAAAGCGACGAAGAGGAAGACGAAGACGAUGGCGAAGAAGAGUUCGAUUUCGGUGGGAGUCCUACCACCGGCACAUCAGCUCCGCUACAGCCAGCGAGUCCUAUAGACGCCGAGAUUGCUGCAGCACUUGAGAGGCAGCGCGAGGAGGUGCGAAGAGAGGCUGAGCAGAAGAAGGCCUCGACUCCUAUGGAGGUUGCUUCAGGUGGAGCACCAGCGCCUGGUGACGGCGAUGACGACGAUAAGGGCAACGGUGAUGGUAAAGAUGACAAUGAGUCAGGCAAUACGUCCAUACCUGCCGCCCCAAAGCAUGCCACUCCUGAACCCGACAAGGAAUCUUCUUCGCCAACAGAUAUGCCAAUGGGAGGCAUGGGCGAUCACGCUCCAACAGCUACAUCCACGACAAGUGUCAAUGCAACUGUCCCCGACUUACUCUCGCAACCAGCUCCCAGCACGGCAAAUAGUCGUUCUUGGGCCCCAUUCAGCUCGCUUCCUUCCAGCAAGACUGAGCCGCCUAUGUUCACAGAAGAGGAACUUAGGACGCAAUUCGCUCUUCCCGCCAUCUACAACCGGCCUGCCGCUCGACCCACAGACCCAAACCAUCCAGACUCCGCAGAACAGUGGCGUAACAGACUGCUGGGAGGUCCUAGUAUGUUGACCAUCAUGAGACGAGAGCGUGAGGCUGCGGCCCGAAGGGCUGGUGGUGAUGGUGAAGAUCCGCCGCCUGGCCCUGGUGGUCCCUCUGGUGGAGAUGGCGGCGGUAGUCAAGGAGGUGGAGGCGGUAGUAAUAAUCUACCCGCUCCUUUCGAUCCACCGAGCGGUAGCGGAGGCACGAACCCUCCAUCGCCGUCGGGUUCAGCUGGCUCAGGACCCAUGGAGGGGAUCGACGAGUCUUCUUCGAGCGAUGAGGGGCAUCAUGGUGAGAGCGAUCCCCAUAGUCAUGACAACGAUGACGGUCAGACUUUGAACAACCAAGCUGACACCAACGAUCAGAUGGAUAACGGCAACGACGGUGAUGAGGGCGAUGGCGGCAACGAUGGCGAUUCAUCCGCACAGCCUGGAGCUUCCAAUCUCGCUGACGUUCCUAUCACUACGCCCGCGGUCCUUGAUACUACUAUGAUGGCCGACGACGAUGGAGACGUGGAUAUGUCGGAUCUGUUUACUGUCGAUUCGGACGAUAUCAAUACGGACAACAUCGAUAUCGGCGAUAUAAAUUUGGACAACAUCAAUCUGGAUAACAUCGACUUGUCUGACAUCGAUUUUGACAAGAUCGCCAACUCUAGUUUCGACAAUGAGCAAACGCAAACCACCACCACGGAUGACAUGAGGAGACAGCUGGUGCCUCUCGAGGGACCAGAACAACACAGCGGAAUACCAACAAGUCUGUAUCUGUCCCCUGAGGAUGAGCAAUACGGUGAAAUGGCAGAGCAAAGCAUAUUUGCUGAUAUUGAUGCGUAUGAGGCGCAGAACGGACCUAUCAAGACUUCACCUCCGGUGUCUGAACCUCAACAGUACCCGACAGACGGGGACAGUUUCGAUGAUGUUCUUGGAAACGCCGGCGAUGAAUAUUCUUUACCGACCCAGCGGCCAUCGGUCAUUGUUCCUGAGCCUCCUAAGGAUGCGUUAGAUGCGUUUGACCCAUUCUCAUUCUCAAACGUGAACUGGGGUGCCGCAUUUGGGGAUGCUACGCAAGCUGAACAGGAUGACGAUGUGUCAGAUCAAGAGCCGGCAGGAGAUGAAGCUCCACCGCCACCGACCCACGGAGACGACUUUAAUCUUGAGAACUACGGAGUUGCUGAAGACCAUGAUGAACUCAUCGCAGGGCUUUCGAACGUCGAUCUCAACGUUGAUCAGACUGACAACGAUGACAAAGCACAAAUCCCGCGAAAUCUGGGAACUCAACGAGUAUGGGACAGUGACUUCAACAAAACUCCGAAUACCGUUGAACAUGAAUACAAACACCCAGAUGAGUUCACAACUAUCAGACCGAGAACACGCUUAGUACAACUUCGGGAGGACCGCAAGAUCGUAGAAAACCCCGAACAUGCGGAAUACCGAUCAGCCGGCAUGAAGUCGCUAGACGGACUGACCGGGCGACAAGGUCAAGUCUUCCGGGAAGUUCCCAUGGACACGUACGAAAUGCGAGGAGAAAGUCACGACGACUACAAAGAUGCACAAGAGCUGAUGGCAUGGUUUGAUCCAUAUGCUGAAGGCGCCGAACCUCGAGGUGAUCUUUCUCCGGCUGGUUCUGACGACGGUAGCGCGUUGUCGGGCGAAAUCGAUGACGAUGAAUUGGAUAAGCUUGCCAAGGAAGUGGAAAAGGAUCAGUUGGAGGAACUGAACAAAGCAUGUAAGAGAACAGCUCGAGACGUUUCUGAUGACUCGGAUUCAGAAGCACCGGAAGGAACUCAAGAUGACCCAGCAACUCCCCAGAAAGAAAAGUCUGGUGCGCGAGCUAGUACUCCGAAGAAGGGCCGCUUUAGAGGUCCAGUGUCAUUUGACACUGAGGAAGAAGCCCGUUUCGAGAAGAACGAUGUGGAAAAGGUCUUGGACCUUCCGGUAUUCCAAAAACUGAAGGGGGGCAACACCACAUCGCCAACCCCAUCGCCGACGCAACCAUCUCCGGUCGCUAGUUCUGGUCUUCCACCUCGCCCGACUACACAAAGGACACUCAACACGCCGUCAAUAUUCAGCUCGAGUCCUACAUCACCAUCUUCGUAUUACAGGCCGCCACCGCCUUCACAUCUAGCAGGUGGUUUCGCACCGGGAGGUUACGCACGCUCGUAUAACCCAGUCACUUUGCGUGAGAUGAACGGCACGUCUCCUUAUGCAGGUAUACCGACUCUCGGCAAUUUUAGUACACCACGCGGUCAAAGUGGUGAUGCAACACCGCCUCCUCGGAGUCCAAGCUACCCAGCCAUGAAGCUGCCCGACGCUGCACUAUCGAACGCAAGAAGCUUGCUCAAACCGGCAUCCGCCCGCCAUCGUGCACAGCCUACAGCAGGUACGGCUACUACAAGCUUCCCAGUCACCUCGCCCGCGUACACGCCCAUGCAGCCUUCGGCGGGCAUGAAAUCCAGUAAUUUAUCUAUUACUCCAUCAGCUUACGACCCGACACAGCCUGCGGCAGGAUAUACUCCGAAGUCAGCGUCAGACUUCCGGGCCCAGUUACUACCCUUGUCUGGAUUGAGUGUACCACAGAAGCCAUUGCCAGAGCUCAGUGCGACAACACAUUCAGGUAGGCCCGCAGCGCAAGAUGGAGAUGCGGUUGGAGAUAAGCCCUCGCAAGCUCCGGGAGGCGAUGACAACAAAGAGAACGAUAGCGAUGUUGACAGCAUUUACGGUCACGACUAG